UUGUGAUGAGGUGGAUCAUCUAGAUGAAGCUGUUACUAAAUCCAGGAGCUCCUUGAAGACUAUGUUUAAUAAAGGAAUCAAGUACCAGGCCUACUUGCAUGAACAGAGUUGUUGAAACUAAGAGGAUCAAUGAUGAGGAAAACCCAAAUUAAUGAUGAUGAUGAUAAUUUAUAUCCUUUUGAUAGUUUUAAUACAUUAGGAGCUAUUGGAUUUAGUGUAUAUGAGAGAUGAUGCCUUCACUUAAAUCACUAGCCAACAUGAGCUAUCAAGCAAAAGUUGUAGAAAUAAUGGCUGCACAUGUUCAUGAUAUAUUUAACGUUAGUGAAGAGGAGUUGAAACUAUUAGAGAAUGAGUCGAUUGAAGAUGAAGGAAAUGAGAGAUUCGUUGGAGAAGAGGAUGUACCACACACUCAAAGCAAAACAUUCACUAUUGAUGAUGAUGAUAACAAGAGAUUAUCACUAACACCUUUCUCCACUCCACCAGAACAGCGAAGACAUAACAUGGAGGAACUACAUGAAGUUGCUAAAGAAUUUGAUCCACAUCAUCUUGGAACAGGAGGAGGAGGGGCAGGAAGAACAAGAGUACACUCGCAACCAGCUAUGAAUGUAAGCACAUACUUAAAUAAUACAUUUAAUAAUGUUUGUCCUAAUUUAAACUGA